CUUAAGCGUCACUUUAGGCGUCCUGCGGGGCUUGCUUCCCUUUUAACCUGCAAUGUGGGGAUGUGUUUGUCAGGUAAAGGGAAGAAAGGGAAAGCCCGGGUCAAGACUAGCGGGAAGAAGCAGAAGCCCAAGAAGCCGGAACCAGACAUCCUCAGCCCUGCCGCCAUGCUGAACCUCUACUACAUCGCCCACAACGUUGCUGACUGCCUAUAUCUUCGAGGCUACCCUUGGCCAGGCGCGCCCAAGGGAAAGAAGGGGAAAAGCAAGAUUUAGGUGAUAGAAUUCAAAGCAUGUCUUGGUUUCAAAGAACAGGAAGUGGAAGAAAGCAUUCAGGACAGCUCAUUGCCGACAGGUGAACUAGAGACAUCCAGAAACAUGCAGCCAGCCAGUGCACUUCUCUGGGGUAAAUGAGUCUUUCUCCAAUGUGAAUUAACUGGAGUCCAGUGGAGACUAAACUCGGUACAAGCCCUCAAUCCUGCCAGGUGUGCAAGCACAUGACCAAGAAGCUCUGGGGCUAGGAAAUGGCUCUGGAUAUGGUGCUGCUGUGAAAACACGAGGACCUGAGUUUGAUCCCAGCAUCUCCAGAUAAUCCCAGUGCUGGUGACGGCAGGAUCCAUGGGGGUGUCUGCCCAAUCAGUUGAGCUGAAUCAAGGAGCUCCAGGUUCCCUGAGAGACCCUGGAGGAAGCAAUUAAGGAAGACACCAGUGUCAACCAGUGGCCUCUGGACACACACAUCUGCACACGGACAUGGACACAUGAAAACCUGCCUGUGUGGUGGAUGCUUGAAGAAAGGGAACAAAUCAGCUAAGUUAGCUCCCCAUGUGACAGAGGGCCUGAGGAAAGUGGUUUACAGGAGGAGGCUGUCUUUCCGAUCAUGGCUUCAGGGGCUGGCUCCUUUAUUGUGGGAAUGAGACACAGCAGAAUACCAUGGUGGUAAGAGCAUGUGGCAGAAGAGGCUGAUCAUCUUAGAGUGGCCAGGGAGGAAGAAGAAAGGCAUUGAGGGUCCAGGGACAAAAUGCUUCAUUUCCUUCCUUCCUUCCUUCCUUCCUUCCUUCCUUCCUUCCUUCCUUCCUUCCUUCCCCGAAGCAGGGACCUCAGUGUGUAGCUUAGCUAGCCUGAAACUCACUGUGUAGACCAGACUAGCCUAAAUUCAGAGACCUGUCUACCUCUGUCUCUUGAGUGCAUACAUCACUACACCAGACUAAUACACACUUUUCAAAACCAUGCUUCCAGUGUCCUACUUACUCCAGUGAGGCCCUGCCUCCUACAAUUUCCGCCAACCUCCCAAUUCAUCUACAAAUCCAUUAGUGUAGAUUAAUCUGCCGAUAAGAUUAUAGCCCUAAUGAUCCAGUUGUCUCCGAAUAGCGCUGCACCACCGCUAAACCUCCAAUCCAUAAAUCAUCGUGGAGCAUUCCAGAUUUAACCAUAACAUUCUGCCCUGAGUCCCCAAGGACUCUUGCUCAUUACACAAAAGACAUUCAAGAAUCCCCAAAUUCUCAAAGGUUCCAGGACUGCACAAAAGUCUAAGUCCAGCAGAGCAGUGGUGGUGCACACCUUUAGUCCCAGCACUUGGGAGGCAGAGGCAGGUGAAUCUCUGUACGUUCCAGGCUAGUGUGGUCUACUUAGUCCUACGCCAGCCAGGGCUGUUACACAGAGAAACCCUGUUUUAAAAACAAAAACAAAGUCCAAGUCUCUGAGACUUGAGUCUUUAGCUGUGAGCCCCCGUAAAAUAUGAAAACCAAGUUGCAGACACUCUACCCAUGACACUCAGAAAGAGGCAGUUGCAGGGAUGUACGCAUCCCUGAUGCAUCACUGCAUACCUGCUGUCUUAGCUACGGUUUCUGUUGCUGUGAAGAGACACCAUGACC